GAAGUGAGCGGUUGUGUGUAACGCGAAAGACUGUGAGUUCACGUGCCUACCUACGGAAACUGUUUACGAAACACAAGAAAGCGCUGCUGAWUUAUUACUUUUAUUGAUUUUUAACUCGAAACUCAUAAAUUAUAACAAAUUAAAUGCACGAAAAUCUACAAUUUAUGUGUCGGUGAUUAUGUAAACGUCAAGUAAGCAAGCAAAACAAAGAAAAAGUGUGGAAAAACAGAAAGUACAAUUGUGUCAAAAGACGCCAAAUUCUCUUUACAWGCAGGCAUUUGUGUGUACACAGUUGUGUUCGAAGUGACAGCGCUGCUAUUAUAUUUUAUAAAUUAUAUCGAGGAAGGCCUGGUGUGUCAAAAGAUGGAUACCGUCUUAUAGUAUUCUGAAAAUAAAGCAUAGUUACAUAUGUAGCUUUAAGUGAAUCAAUUGUGAUAAUAAAAAGAAAUUAAGUAGAAUAGCAUAAAAUGUGUACAACGACGCAACAAUAUACAAGMGUCGUUCCAAGCUUCCUCAGGACCAUUUCGAUUAUAGUUAUAUUUUCACUAGUCAACUGUCAUGCCAAGUCAUUUCUCAAUCAACUUACGGCGGUACCAACGACGACAACCGCAGCGCCGACCACCACACCCGCACCAACAAUGCGCGAUAUAGUGAUUGGACCCUGUCGUUGGGUGAUCGGACGCAAAUGCCCCGAYAAAGAUGURCGCUUCUACUUGUACACUCGGCGCAAUCCACAGCAGCCUCAGUACUUGAACAUCGACGAAACAUUCGAUAAGUCCAAUUUGACCAACUCGAACUUUAAUCCGCGCUAUCAGACAAAGAUCAUCAUACACGGCUAUAAUGCGGAUAUGUAUAUGAACACCUUGCAGCGCAUGAAAUAUGAAUAUUUAAUGCGCGGCGAGUACAACAUCAUCUUUGUGGAUUGGGCUGUGCUGGCKCCCGGUCCAUGUUAUGUCAACGUCGCACAUAAUAUCAAGCAUGUGGGUGCUUGUGUAGCCCAACUUGUGGAACGUAUUUUGGAGACAGGCACUACCGAUAUGCAUGYCAUCGGCUUCUCGUUGGGCGCACAGUUGACGAAUUAUGUUGCGCGAAAUUUGGGCUCAUUUCAGUUGCCGAGGAUAACAGGUCUCGAUCCGGCAAUGCCGUUUUUCAUCACCUCCGGCAUCGAUGAUAAAUUGGACCCCACUGACGCUGCUUUCGUCGACAUAAUACAUACGAAUGCCUUUGUACAGGGYAAAAUAGAGCGUUGUGGACAUGCGGACUUCUAUAUGAAUGGUGGCAUACUACAGCCCGGUUGCAAUAAGGAAAAUACAAAUCCAUUUGCCUGCAGCCAUCAGCGCGCUGUCGAAUAUUUUUCGGAAUCSAUACGUUCACGUAAAGGUUUCUGGGGUUGGGCUUGCAGCUCGUAUAUCUCAUAUUUGCUCAACAUGUGUCCGCCCACAAAUUAUCUACUCGAAGCAGGCGAAAAUAUAAAGCUCAGCACAAAGGGUAUGUUUCUAGUCGAGACUAAUGAUACAGCGCCGUACGCUUUAGGCAAAUGGACGGACUUACCGACAUUGGGUAAACAAAAGCCUACCAAGAACAAUGGGGAAAUCACGAUAACGUUACCACGACCGUCGGGAUUCCGUGAUCCCUUGUUGCAGCAAGUGGAUCAAUGGAAUAAAUUGGGCUCACAUUUUAAUGGCAUUGAACCCGAACCGACGCCGUUUUCACAAGAUCCCAACGGCGAUAAUUGGACUUACUUUAGUGGCGCUGGCACUGGUGACAUAACCGAUACUUCGAAGACCGGAAACGAGCUAGCCGGCUCGGURGAAGAGCAAAGUUUGGAGGAUGUGCAGAAAGUGCAUGAAACGCAAAUUGAAUGGCUGGAGUAUCGACGAAAUCUGACCAAUGGCCAUAUAGAAAAUAGUAUAUUUAAAGUGCCUCAUAUUGAAGGUGCAGAGUUUACUAGCAAGAAGCUUAGCAGACAGCCACGUGGAAAUGAAAUAAAUGAUAAGUUAUAAAAGUGAUUAAAUGUUUAAAAAUAUAAAUUAUUUGAAAACUGAA